UAACCAUUGAGAACUAAGGAAAUAUGAUUAGAAGUGUUGUUCUGCGUUCUACCCGUACUGCUAGCAGACGUGGCACCCGUUGGAUGUCCCAAUCUGCCAUCAGAUCCAAUGUUGCAAAAGUGGAAGCCCCACCACUCCCACCUGCUGUCAAACCAGCUGCUAAGAAACAAAAGAAGUUUUCUUUAAUUGGUGCCCUUAUCAAGCUUACUCUUUUAGCUGGAACUGUCUAUGGUGGUACUUUGUACGUUGCUACCAAGAAUGAUAAAGUUAUGGACUUUGUCGUUGAACAACAGUUGCCUUACCAUGAAGAAUUGUUGGAAUACAUUGACAAUUUUGACAUUGAUGAUAUCAAGAAAUCUUAUGAUACACUUAUAAACAAAAUCAACGGGGUUAAAUUACCAACCAAGGAGGAUGUCGAAUCAAUUACUCAUGAAUUAGAACACAGAGGUGAAGAAUUGGUUAAGGAAACCAAGAAAAUUUUCACACAAGCUGUCGAUAUUCCAAAAUCCGUUCCAGAACCAGUGGAAAAGGACACAGCAUUGACUCCAGCUCAACAAUUACAAAAGGUUGAAAUCGAACCUGUCAAGAGAGAAAUUGGACAUUUACCAUUGAUUGAAUUAAACAGUGACAUUGCUAAGUCUGUUGACAGCACUGUCAAGUCCACCAUUGCUUCAUUUAAUAAGUUUAUCCAAAACAUUGAUGCCAAUACCCUUGCUUCUUCUGACGCUGCUGUUGUAAAGACUAUUAGUGAAAACAUUAACCAAUUAGCCACCAAGUUAAACUCCUUGACCAAGACUUUUGAUGAUGAAUUACAAUCUAAAUUAAAGGUUUCCCAAACUGAAUUAUUCUCUUCAUUCACCAAGAAAGAAUUGGAAUUGACUGAAAACUUGUUGGAACAAUUCAACAAGGAAAAGUCUCAAUUGGAAGCUAAGUUAAACGAAAAAUUGGCUAAUGAAAUUCAAGCUUCUAGAGAAGCUAUUGCUCAAGCUGCCAGUAACGCUGUUUCUAUGGUUAGAAUUGAACAAACCAAGAAUUUUGAAAAAUUGGUUGCUGAAAAACUUGACCAAGAAAGAAAUGGAAGAUUGGCCAAUUUAGAAAGCUUACACUCUAGAGUUGAAGAAUUGGAAAAGUUUGCUGAAAGUUUCGAACACCAACUUGUUAACAACCACAGCAGAUCCUUGAUCCAACAAUCUAUUUCCAAGAUUAGAGGAUUAUUAUUAGCACCUACUGCUGACGACAAGCCACAACAUUUAGCACCACAUGUUGAAGCAUUAGCAUCCGUAGCUAAUGAUGAUGAAGUUCUUCAAUUGGCAUUAAAGGAUUUGACUCCAUUGCUUUCCGGUGAAUCAACUCAUUCCAUAUUAACUCCUUCUCAAUUAUUAUCUCGUUGGGAACAAUUAGCUCCUGAACUUAGAUCUGCCUCCUUAUUGCCACCAAACGCUGGUUUAUUAGGACACUUAUCUUCCUUGCUUUUCUCCAAGCUUUUAUUACCAGUCAAGGGUGUUAAGGCUGAAGGUAAAGAUAUUGAAUCAGUUAUUGCCAGAGUUGAAUCUAGUUUAACCAGAGGUGAGUUGGAUGUUGCUGUCGAAGAAGCAUCAAACUUGAAGGGUUGGUGUAGAAAGCUUGCUGACGAUUGGGUUACUGAAGGAAGAAAGAGACUUGAAGUUGAAUUCUUGCUUAACUUGAUUGAAAGUGAAGUUAAGAUUAUGUAAGUUGUAUAAUAGUCCACACUGUAGUCACAUUUUGAAUACGUUCAAUACAUAUUAUUAUUUAACUAGUG